GUCGGUGAGGCAAGCAGUGUACAGGGGCCACUCCGACUUCACCGACCAGCGAGAUAGGUACAUACAUGGCAGCCGCCCAAUUGGCUGCACAGUCCACAAUACGCGGAUGCCUCGAGUGUUAGACCAGCUUGUUUGCCAACACGCGUCGACAACAAUCACUCUCAGAGAACCUUGGAUGUUGUCACUCUAGGAAUGACGGACCGCACACCUCGCAACAUUCCCGUCCACAGACCUCACAGACCUCAACCGGAGGCCCACGACUCGUACAUGUCGGAAUAUAGCCAGCAGUAUCCUCCUAACUUCGGCCAACACGAGCAUCCAAACGACUGGCUUCCAAGGACGUCACGCGUUGUGCCGAUCUCUGGACCUCACCGAGACUUCGACAUCGAUCCUAGCCCCGAAACUCCAUUCCGCACUUCCGCGUGUGUUGACGAGAAGGGACAAGAGCUUGACCAUGUUCGACUGGCGAACUGGUCUGGGGAUGGUGGUCCACAACCCGCGAGUUCAGUAAACGACUUCGGGUCGAGCAUUGGAAGCGACUCGAUGCACGUCGGCGCUGGCUCUUUCCCAAGCUCAGUUCCCAGUUCCAGACAAAGUACUGUGGGCGAGCCAGGCUCGGCCAGGAAGAGCGCCAGCAGCCAUAGUCGAGCCGAGACGGAUGCUGGGAAAGGAGUCAUUCCCAAGAGGACCAAAGACGCACACAUUACCGAGACUUCUCGGGGCGAAUCAACCGCCAAGCGCAAGAAAUUCGACAACUCCUACGUCAUGCGGGCAUUUCAGGAAUCCGACGAGAGCCAUCUGCCUCGUUGCUCCAUUGAUGCGGUGAUUGACAGUGGCGGGAUCGCCACUUCCCUUCCGCCCAAUCCUCGAGAAGACUCUCAUCGCCCUCCGCUCAUCGAUGGCAACGCAAGGCGUCCCGAGAUUUCCCCUCGGCCGUUGACAGACGGCUACCUCCCUGAUGUCGCUGGGUAUCCCUGGCAGAUAAGGGGAUCAACACCGGCCCCAGCCAGUGGCGUGGGCGAUGAGGCCAAGGAGGAUGAAGUCUUUAGGAGCGCACAAGAGGAAUAUUAUCGGCUCUCCAGCUCCUAAUACCGGGAUUUGGGAGGGAAUAUAUGACGAUAGUCAUCUGACAGCGACCAAAAAGGUAUUUUCGAGUCGGUGCCGUGGC